GCGGACCAAAAAGAAUAUAGGUUGCCAGAGAGAAAGGGGCGGGUAGACCGCAUUGGAACGCGCCGGAAGUGGUCGCGCUGAGUAGGGGUGGGAGAGGGCUGGCGAAGCAGUUCAUUUGGCUAUAGCUGGGCGCCUUGGUAGGGCGCACUUUCAGUCCUUUCCGAGAGCCUGGCCCAACGUCUCCUCCUCGGCCGACAUGGAUUUCAGGGAAAUUCUCCUGAUAGCUUCCAAAGGACAAGGUGUCAGCAAUGUACCGAAAAGGUACAGUUUGGCAGUGGGGCCUCCCAAAAAAGACCCAAAAGUUAAGGGUGUCCAGUCAGCUGCAGUACAGGCGUUUCUCAGAAGGAAAGAAGAGGAGCUGAGGAAGAAAACCUUAGAGGAGAAAAGGAGAAAAGAAGAACUAGUGAAAAAGCGAAUUGAGCUAAAACAUGACAAGAAAGCAAGAGCUAUGGCUAAGAGGACAAAGGAUAAUUUCCAUGGUUACGAUGGGAUUCCUGUUGAGGAAAAGUCAAAGAAGAGGCAGGCAAUGGAAAGCCACACCAGCCAGGGAACAGACCAAGAGUAUGACAUGGAAGAAGAGGAUGAAUUCUUAGAAUACAAUCAAGAGGAAUCAGAGCAGGAGUAUGAGGAAGAACAAGAACCUCCCAAAGUUGAAAGCAAACCAAAGGUCUCCCUUAAAAGUGCCCCACCACCCAUGAACUUCACUGAUCUACUCAGGCUGGCUGAGAAAAAGCAGUAUGAGCCAGUGGAGAUAAAGAUAGUGAAGAAAAAAGAAGAGCGGCCUAUGACUGCGGAAGAACUUAGGGAGCGAGAGUUCCUUGAACGAAAGCAUAGGAAAAAGAAACCUGAGACAGAUGUAAGACUACCUCCAACUGUGUCCAAAAAGGCACCCUCUCAAAAAGAAACUGUGGGCACAAAACUUAGCAAAGGUUCUGGGGACAAGCAUCCUUCCAAGGGAACUCCCCUUCCUUGUGCUGAGAAGAAAUCCAGACCCAACAUAGCCAGUGAAAAACCCUUAGGUUUGUCAUCAUCCAAAUCCAUGCCAGGAGAGAGGACCAAGGCAGGAUCUGGCAAUUGCUCCCAACCCUCACUUCGUGAGGGCCGUGACAGACCUGUUUUCAAUGGGGCAGGGAAGCCCCACUCCAGCACCUAUUCACCAAGUGUCCCAAAGACUUCUGCCAGUGGGACUCAGAAAUCUGUUACUGAGCAUAAAGCCAAAAAAUCUCCUCUUUCUCAUCCUAGCCAUUCCAGGCCUGGGCCGUUGGUCACUCCACACAAUAAGGCUAAGAGUCUAGGUGUCAGGCAGCCAGACAGCAGCUCCAACUCAGCCCCUGGGCGGCCCAGCACAGGGACAGCUCGGCCCACAGUUAAUUCUGGCCCUGUGCCUAGGCGUCAGAAUGGCAGCUCCAGCUCAGGAUCUGAGAGAUCAGUCAGUGGGACCAAGAAGCCAGCCAGUGACUCAUAUCCCUCUGGGCGGACAGUCAGUGGUCCAAGUGGCCCUGGACGACCGGCAAGCAACUCAAGUGGCCCUGGGCGGCCCAUCAGUGGCUUGGGUGGUUCUGGGAGACCUGCAGGCCGCUCUGGUGGCCCUGGGCGACCUGUGAGCAGUCCACAUGACCUUCGGCAAACAGUUAGUGGUUCAGGCCCCCCGGGGCGAUUAGUCAGUGGCCCUGGGAGAUCAGUAAGUGGCUUGGUUCCAGCUGGACGGACUGUUAGUAGUUCAGGCCCUGGAAGACCAGUGAGCAGCUUGGCACCUGGGCGAACAGUUAGUAGCUCAGGUCCCCCCUUAAAACCCAAGUGCACUGUUGUGGCAGAAACAAUUUCUUCCAAGAAUAUCAUUAGCCGGUCCAGCAAUGGACAGAUGAAUGGAAUGAAGCCUUCCCUAUCUAACUACACAUCUGCCCAAGGUCCUCAAAGGUUCCCUUUCCCUUCUGGCUACAAAAGGCAGCGAGACGAUGAAGAGGAAGAAGAUGAUGAAUAUGACUCUGAGAUGGAAGAUUUUAUUGAAGAUGAAGGAGAACCUCAGGAAGAAAUAUCCAAGCACAUUCGAGAAAUCUUUGGCUACGACAGAAAAAAAUACAAAGAUGAAAGUGAUUACGCCUUACGUUACAUGGAGAGUAGUUGGAAAGAACAGCAGAAAGAAGAAGCAAAGAGCUUAAGAUUAGGUGUGCAAGAGGAUUUAGAGGAAAUGAGACGUGAAGAAGAAGAAUUGAAGCGUCGAAAGGCCAAGAAGCUGAAGAGGCGUUAGCUGCUGCUUUUAUCUAUUUUUGUGAAAUUCUGGAGACACUCUGGUGCAAGGAAUUCUUGCCUUCAGACUGAAGAAGCCCCCUUUAUCACUUUAGAUUUAAACUUGGGUACUCAAGGAGAAGGAAUGCAUAUUGUCAUUUGCAGGCUGUCAUUUGAGCAUCAAGUAUUUUAAAAUACUUUCUAGGGUUAAAUGUGUAAUGCAGAUGAUCUUCUGCUCACUGAAUGCUCUUAUGAAGUUGACUGUUCACAGAUUCCAGCCUUGAUCCUUAUGAGCUAUGCACUCUAACGUGGGGCCACUCACCAGUCAGCCAAUCUUCUGUUGUUCCUUUGCUACUUUAAAGGAAAAAAAACAAAACAAAUAGUUGCCUCUUGACUUCCAUAAUUCUUCUAUUAAUAAAUGAGCAGGGCACUGUCCAGCUCCUAAUCAAACUUACUGUCAUUUUACGAGGAACCUGGCCUUUCUGUGAAUGUUGCCAGCAAUAAAGUGACCUGUUUUGUUUGGAUUGAGAACUUGGGAACGUAGAGUAGACUUUAUUAUUACCAUAUGGAUGUUAUCCUUGUGACUUUAAAGUAAAAAGUAAAAUUA